GAGAGCUCCAAUUUUUGGUCGCGUCGGAUUGUACCCGGGAAAGUUGGAAAUGAUGGCUUCGCUGCCAGGCAGGCGCAGUGGCCAAGGCCCCAGGCCUAACACCACAUAUGUAUUCAAUGUGCAAGGCCCUCCGUAUCAAUCCGAUUGAGCGUUGCUUGUUAUGUACCUGGAUGUGGAUAUACGGACCCUCGCCGCGAGGUGGUUGCUGGGAGGGGGGGUGGCAUUGACAUGGGUGUGCUUGGUAGAGUGUUGGAUCUACAGCGGGGACUCCCCUUAUUUCGCGAGUCCCGAGUCCCGAAUCGUCUGCCAACCUUGCGCAACGCCUGGUUCCACCCUAACCUUCUUUGCUCCACUUUCUCUCUUCACUCAUUUGUGUCCUAAUGCGGAGUGCUGGCCAAGCGGAAAAGGAAGAGGAGGAUCAAACCACAAAGGCCCGCGGAGAAGUGCAUCCAGCAAGAGUCGACACGUUGUGGAGAAGGGAGGAGCUCCUCUUUUGCAUUAUGAGACAAUCAAAAGCACACACACACGGCUCAUCGUCUUGCCGUCGACGCAGCGAGCAGCGUGUGUAUCGUAUCGCCGUCGCACAUGCCAUGCGAGAGCACAUGUGUACUAGUACAAAGACCUGUGCCUCUGCAGAGAGCGUGAGGGAAGGGCGAGAGACAUUAUGAAUCAAUGACUGAAAAAUGACAAGUGUGCGUAGACAUGCGGACAUG